AUGAACCAUCCCGUCUAUAUUGUAGAACCACAACUGUCCACCCUCGUAGUCCAAGUAGACACUCACCGUUCGGGUGCUAAGCCGGGUGCGGGGCUCCAUCAGCGCCCCCUAGUCGCGGCCGUUCCGCAGCUACACUCUCCAGUACCCGGGCGACAGGCCAUGGUGGCUCCACGCCCCAACUCUGCUUGCCGCCGGUUUCUACCUCCCGGGGGCGCCGGAAGCGAGAGCCCGCGCACACGUGGCAGCGACGAAAGCCGGACUCAGUCAGGGGCAGGCUGCCGUCGCCGUGGCAGCCACGAAGAGCAGGGGGAGGCGCUGAGCGGUAUCGGGGCCAGGGCGGGGACCGGGGUAAAGCACUGCAGGGAAUCAGGAAGUCGAGUCCCGCUCUGCUCAAGGAUCGAACCGGCCUCCCGCCGCGCCGAGCGUCCCGCAAAGCCAGUGGCUCGGCCUCGGAACUGGCGGCCGCAGAAGCGGAGGGUCCCCGGCAGAGCCCGGUCCAGCCCCGCAGUGAGAGCUCGGCCGCCAGUGGGCUGGGAGGGUGACAGGGGGUGCAGGCAUCUCCCACGCCUCUUCUGCCCACUCCACGAGGAGGAACUGAAACUGUUCUGCGAGACGGACGGGAAGCUGAUCUGUGGGAUUUGCCGGGACAGCCGGGAGCACAAGUAUCACCACUACAUCCCAGUGAAUGAGGCGCUGGACAUCUACCAGGAUAAGCUGAGGUCUCACCGGGAGACUGCCAGGCAAAGGAGGGCCGCUGCCCUGAAGGCCAGGCUCCAGCAGAGGCAGAAGAUCUCUGAAGUGCGGGAGCAGUCGAGCAGCCUGCAGAGCCACAUCAGGUUCGAGUUCGCAAGGAUGCACCGCUUCCUUAACGAGAGGGAGGAGCAGCUGAGCCGGGACCUCCGAGAGACAGAGGGCCGGAUCCUGGAGGAGAUGGAACAGAACCUGCAGCAGAUUCAGGAUGUACUGGAUGCCAUUGAGCGUGUACUGGGAGAGCUGCAGUCCCAGAUGAACCAACGGGACAUAAUGGCCCUACUCAAGGAGGAAAGCAUUUGGAACAGGAGGUUCAGCGAUAAAGGCAGUUCAAUAGAAACGGUUGAUCUGGAUCUGCCCCUGGGGAUAUUCAAAGGCCCAUUGCAAUAUGCAGCAUGGCGCGCCAUGAUGGAUGUUAUCAAGCCUGUACCGGUGCCUCUGACGCUAAAUCCCGAUACUGCUAACCCCUGGCUCGUCCUGUCCGAGGACCUGCACAGUGUGAGGAUGGGGGAGCAGCGGCGGACGGUGCCAGAAUCAGCAGAGAGAUUCGAUCGGUGCGCCUGCGUCUUGGGCAUGGAGGGAUUCUCUGUGGGGCAGCACUACUGGGAGGUGGAGGUGGGACAGAAAACAGAGUGGGAUCUCGGGGUAGCCAGGAAAUCCUGCCAGAGGAAGGGAAGAAUCCGGCGCUAUCCCAACGAUGGGUACUGGAGAUUAAGCCUGAGGCGGCACAAUGAGUACAGAGUGUUCACGGACCCUCCCACUCUGCUCAGUCUGACCCGCAGCCCACACACGGUGGGCAUCUACCUGGACUAUGAGGGCGGGCAGCUAUCGUUCUAUGACGCGGAUGGGAUGGUUCACCUCCACACCUUCACUGGCACCUUCACUGAGACCCUCUACCCCUAUUUCUGCCCCUGUCUCGGGGACGGAGGGAAGAACUUGGAAGCCAUGAAGAUCUGCUGGGUGAAAAGCCCCACUCAACAUAAAGUGCCUGAGACGUUAAUUCGCCAUAGUCUGAACUCUGAUACUUCUGCUGCUGGGUCCCGGCAGGAGCGCACACCAGAGGCUAUACUUCAUUAGACGUUUGAG